AUGAAUCGUCAUCUCUCCGGACCGAAUCGUCAUAAUAGUUCGUUGAAAGUCGUCGAUUUCAUUCAAAGCGAUCCCGAAUCGGCAGAAAGUGACAUUGUGUUGGAAGCGAUGGUGGCCGUGCAGAAGGAAAUGGAAUUUAUUUUCCCGUUGAAUUCGGUGCGCAUCUUUCCAAUUGGGCCAACAGCUGACGGAUGUGAAGCGAAAACGUCGGGAUUACAUGCGAUAAUCGUUUUGAAUGAGAAAUUCCCGGACGAAUGGGAUGAU